AUGAGAAAGCGUACUGCUGCGCGUGGCGCCAUGAACAACGAGGACGGUGGAGCUGAUGGCGGCGGUCCGGAGCGCGGCUCAGAGCACCGGGCCCGAGAACGUUACUGUUCUGGCUACUGUUCUGGCACUAUCGCAACACUUGCACUAGUGAUCACUGACCCUGUCACGGGAAUAUACUUCACUAAGGGAACGAGCCGGGCUUCUCCGGUGGAGACCGUCAAGCCUGUCAAGCAGACCAAGCCUAUCGACACCGCCGCUCAGAAGACCACCAAGGCAAAUUGUGGUCGUAUCACCAGCCGAGUCCGCAUCACCAACGAGGCCGUCUGUCUCCGCAACCAGCCCAAUGCUCGUAACAACCAUCUCUUCUUUAACAAGAAAGGACGAAGCUCCGAGGCUGUAGACGAGGGCGACGGCAAUACCCACAGUCAGUCUCGCUUCCGAGACUCCUUCAUCUACACCAGGCCUGCUGAACGUCUAACCGAUUCUUCGCCUUGCGGCGCCCUCAAUCGACUGUGUACAAACUCCAUAAGCCAGAAGUGCCGGUUGGUGCCGGUGAAGAACGAGGACGGCGAGGGCGUCAAAAGACCACUCAAUCCAAGCGAAGCCGGGGCGACUCAGACUGCUGAGCAAUUGAUCGACGUGAAGCCAGAGGACCAGCAGACCAUCAAGUUUGCCGAAGUCAAGACUGCGCUUUCCAAGGUCAAAACCCGAAGAUCCCUCGAAACGUCUCGGUGUUCUCUGCCUCGGAGCCGGAACGAAGAGGUCGCCCUCGCAAGUCGGAGCCAAAUGACCCUUGUAUUCCCCUUGACGAAGCCUUCGUUCCCGCAGCAAGAUCCUGCUUGGAUUCCAUGCCUACCGUCCGAUCCUCACGCGCCUACUCUCACGCAUAGCAACGGCCAUGAUACCCCGAUGGGUAUAUCUGCUGUCAAGGAUGAUCGCGACAUCGUAAUAACCGAUGACGAAGAUAUUGGCUCGACGCCCACAAUUUCUGAACGAAAGCGGAAGCGGGAAGAUGAGAUGGCAGGAUCCCGUAGUCUCAUACCGACAGAGGUACCCUCGCUCAAGCGCCUGAAGGAGGAGGAUGGUGACGUUUUAAGCCCGCCUCCUCUUCCGCCUCUUCCACCACCGCCUGAGGGUGAGACUACGAUAAACCUCGGCUUGGACGCAAAGCCAGAGCGUCUCCGACUGGCGUGCGAGGGGUUCGUCAAGACACGCGAAAAGGGGCCUAGCUGUCUUUGA